AUGGGUCCGGAGAGGAGGAAUACCUACCUCGACGCAGGGUUUUUGGACGACUCCGACCAGGAUGCCGGCUACGACUCUGAAGCUGCUGAAGUAUCGAAAGCUGGCAGAGCAAGUAAGAGACGAAAGAUCGAACGCGAAAGCAGCGAUGAAGAAGAACAUGGGCUCGAUCUGAGGCACACCCGAGUCCCAAAGACCGCGAGCACACCGUCUGCGGCUCCGCUUUUAGGAUCGGAUGAUCGCGAGCACGAGAAUAGGAAGGACGACAAGAAUAAAGAACACCUUGGGGAUGUAGAGAGCGCAGAAGCAAACGUGGCGACGAGAGGCAAAGAGAUUCAAUCCGGAUCCGUGACGAGCGGACAUGCAGACCAGAAGAAAACCCAAAAGUCUAAACCGAAGGAAACGACCCCAGGUGUAAUCUACCUCUCAUCGCUCCCUCCCUACUUGAAACCCUCUGCGCUGCGCAACCUCCUAGAACAGCGGGGCUUCUCGCCCAUCAAGCGGCUCUUCCUAUCCCCCGCCUCGCGCCACGCACACAACUCGAAAAAGAACUCGCGCCAGCUCUACACGGAAGGCUGGAUCGAGUUCUCGUCCAAGAAAGUCGCGCGAAGGUGCGCCGAGACGUUGAACGCCACCACCGUGGGCGGGAAGAAGGGCGGCUGGUAUAGAGACGACGUGUGGAAUAUGAAGUACUUGAAAGGCAUGAGGUGGGAGGAGUUGAUGGCUGGGGUGAGGGAGGAGAAGCGAGAGGAAGAGGGCAGGAGGGACGAAGAGAGGAGGAUCAUCGCGAGGGAGACGAAACGCUUCAUUGAGGGCGUGGAGACGGGGAGGAAGGUAGAGGGAAUCAAGAGGAAGAAGGCUAGCAAAGAAGGAGGCGGCGAGGAUCCGGAACAUCGUGGUGGAGAUGGGACUGGUCUGGAUGUCAGGAGAACUUGGAGGCAGACUGAAGUCAAGGGCAAGAAGAAAGGACAGGACACUCCUGGGGACGAAAAGAUAAGCGACGACGUGAAACAGGUGUUGAACAGGAUUUUCUAA